AUGGAAGACUGUUCAAUAAUUACAAAAAAUUGGAAUGAAAAAUAUCUUUUAAAUCUUACAAAAGCUAUAAUACCAGAACUGGUAGGAAAAAAGAAAGGAGAUGCUGGUAAAAUUGCAAUUAUUGGUGGCUCUAUAGAAUAUACAGGUGCACCAUAUUUUGCUGCUAUAUCUUCUCUAAAAGUUGGAGCAGACAUUGCUUAUGUCAUUACUACUGAAAACGCAGCGCCAGUAAUCAAGUCAUACAGCCCAGAUCUUAUUGUUAUUCCACAUACUUCUUUAAAUAUUACUGCAACUUUAAAUAAAAAAGAUGUUGUGGUUCUAGGACCAGGUUUAGGUAAAGCGCCAGAGAGCUUGAAUUUGGCGUAUGAUAUUAUUAGUAAAUGUAAAGAAAUGCAAAAACCGUUAGUAAUAGAUGCAGAUGGUUUGUAUGCAAUAUAUAAGAAUGCCUCAAUAUUAAAUAACUAUCCGAGUCCUGGAGUUAUUUUGACUCCUAACAAUAUGGAAGUAAAAAGACUAAAGCAAGCUAUUCCUGAAGGUUAUGAACCUUGGUAUGAAUAUUGGGGGAAAUUUGUAACAGUCUUAGAAAAAGGCGAAAAGGAUCACUACCAUUCUAAUCAAGGACAAUUUGAUUGGAUUUUAAAGGAAAGUGGUUCUGGAAGACGAGCAGGAGGCCAAGGAGAUAUUUUGUCUGGUGCCUUGGGAACAUUUUUUAACUGGGCACUCAUUUCUAACCCUUGCCAAGACGACCAUUCUGUUGCUCUAGCUCAGAGUGUUGCUUCGUAUGCGGCGGCAAAGUUUACAAGAAUAUGUAAUCAUAAGGCGUACACUAAACAUGGUCGAAACAUGAUUGCUUCAGAUAUGCUAAAUGAAAUUCAUUCAUCUUUUGAUGAGCUUUUUACU